CCCCCCCCCCCCCCGUCCCUCCCCCCCUCCCCGCUUCCUUUGCCCUCUCUUUUCCUUUUUCUCCUCUCCGUUUCUUUUCCACUCCGCUUUGCCACUUUCCCCUCUUCCCCUCCUCGCCUCGCCUUUCUUCUCUGACCAGCAAGGGGAAGAAAUCCAGAGUUCACCAUGGCUAAAGGUGACCCCAAGAAACCGAAGGGCAAGAUGUCUGCUUAUGCCUUCUUUGUGCAGACUUGCCGGGAAGAGCAUAAGAAGAAGAAUCCGGAGGUUCCUGUUAACUUUGCAGAGUUUUCUAAAAAGUGCUCCGAGAGGUGGAAGACUAUGUCAGGGAAAGAGAAAUCCAAGUUUGAUGAGAUGGCAAAAGCCGAUAAGGUACGAUAUGAUAGAGAAAUGAAAGACUACGGGCCAGCGAAAGGUAGCAAGAAGAAGAAGGAUCCUAACGCACCCAAACGGCCACCGUCUGGCUUCUUCCUGUUCUGUUCAGAAUUUCGUCCCAAGAUCAAGUCUACAAACCCUGGCAUAUCCAUUGGGGAUGUGGCAAAGAAGCUUGGCGAAAUGUGGAACAAUCUGAGUGACAGUGAGAAGCAACCUUAUAAUAAUAAGGCAGCCAAACUGAAGGAGAAAUACGAGAAGGAUGUCGCAGAUUAUAAGUCGAAAGGGAAGUUCGAUGGGGCAAAGGGGGCGGCUAAAGCUGCCCGGAAAAAGGUAGAGGAGGAAGACGAGGAGGAAGAGGAAGACGAGGAGGAGGAGGAGGAUGAAGAAGAUGACGAAUGAAACUGUACCAUAUUCUGUCACCAUGUGAAUACCAUAGAGUAGGGGAAACACCUUUAAAUGAAACCCCUCUCCUUUGUGAUGGUGUAGAUUGCCCUAUUAGGCUUAAUUGGCUUCUGAUCACAUAGCUUCUCAAAAGUGCUUCUAGAUAGACAUUGUAACUGGUUUUACAUGAAGUGGCCCAGAAACUGUAUCAAAGUUGUACAUAUUUCCAAACAUUUUUAAAAAUGAAAAGGCGUUCUCUGUUCUCCUCACUCUGCACUUUUGUUGUUGGUGUAAAACAAGCAUUUACAAAUGUUUUCAGGCAUUUUUUUUUUCAAUUCGUAAGGUGGUGUUUAACUAUAUGGUUAUUGGCUAGAAAAUUCUGGGUUAUAAACUGUACAUAUCUAUAGUUUGUAAAAACAACAAAACCCCACACCCCUAGACAGAUUCUUGGGGGAGUGAGUCCAGGCUUGAGGGGACAUGAGACUCUGCCUUUCCUAAGGGGCUGCAAACCCAAAGCCUACACUGUGAGGGUACACUGCAGUGGGUGUUCAUUUAGCUUAAAAGUUGUCUUUCUGUAUAUAUAGUGGAAUAGCACCCAGCACCCAUUCUUAGGUGUCACAAAGGGGGGGGUGGGGGUCGGCUGGCAUGAGAAAAGUGUCUGGAGUUUUGGUUUUCUUUUUAGUUGAAGUGUGCAGUAGUUUUAAAAUUAAAACUGUAGAGUUCUGCCUUGUAUCAAACAGCAAGCCAGGGCAAGGAUAAAAACAAAGUCUGUUCUUAAACACAAUCUGGAACGUUCUGGGUUUUUUUUUUUUUUUGUAUGUUUAGAAUGCUGAAAUGUCUUCUGAAGCAAAAUAAACAGUAUUACACUUUUAAAACCAUUCUUGACACCAUUCAAAAUUUCUGGGUUUCAAGCAGACUUAACAGCCCAAAACAAGACCACUACCUGGUUCAAUAAAUCAAACCUGAGCAGUGA